UGUUUGGCCCCGUCGGUAGUGUCCUCCCGUCGAUCGCCGCGAUCGCGACCGAAGAGAAUACGAAUACGAUUGCGACUACGGUGGCGGCGCAGCGGUUGCAGUCGAUGUCAAGCGGUGUUGUUCGCGUCGUGUCGGCCGAUACGGUUUUCGAAUAGUGUGACAUAACCGCCGUGCGUGGGGAUCCCUCACCCAUCAACCCAAAGACGAUUUAAAAAAAAAAAAAAAAUAAUAAUAACCUUCAUUCCGGUGUUUUUGUUAUUGUUAUCGCCGUCAUCAUCGUCGGUUUUUUUUUGUUUCCUUUUGUCACGUACCGCAUAUUAUAUCGUCGUUAUAUAAUAAUAAUAAAAAAAAAAAACUGUUGACACAACUGCCGCGUGUCCGUACACGACGAAUUUCGUCCGCGUGUCCGAUGGCGGCCUUGUUCCUGUCACCGUCGUCUCCUUACACGAUAUUUGUUUACCUGUUACUCAUCCAUAUCGUCCGAAGUUUGCACGACGUUAGCAUACAAUUCAUACCUCCAGCAGUAGAAAGAGGACACGAUGUCAUGAUAUAUUGCAACUACAAUUUAGACGGAGCUCCAAUGUUGUCGGUCAAAUGGUACAGAGGUAGUCGCGAAUUCUACAGGUAUUCCCCCGGGAUGAUACCCAGAACGCAGACAUUCCCAUUUUACGGGCUUAAUGUCGACUUGUCUGUAUCAAAUGCCACACAAGUAUUUCUACGCGAUGUUGAUUUCAAUUUGUCUGGAAACUUGAGCUGUGAAGUAACAACUGACGGGCCUUCAUUCAAAACUGCGAUCGUCUCAAAACGAAUCAUAGUUGUGGAACUACCAAAAUCAAAACCAAUAAUUGUGACGGAUAAAGACAAAUAUGAUCCAGGUGAUACUCUUGUAGCAAAUUGUACGUCACCGGCUUCUAAACCUGCAGCCGUCCUAAUGUUCUCUUUAAACAAUAUGCAAAUUGGUAGUCCAGAAACAUUGAAGUAUAAAAAUACCUCACAAUUGAGCAGGUUAACAGUAACUCUCAAAUUAGAUCAAAGACAUUUCAAAGACGGCCGUAAGCUUUUACUAAAGUGCACUGCUCUAAUAAAUUCAUUGUACAACCAAUCUUCGGAACUUAGGUUACCGAUAAAAUCAACAGAGCCAGUGCCCGAAAAAGUUACGUCCCCGAGUUUUGGAUGUCAUGUUACGUCUUCUAUCAACUGUUCAACGAUGAUCGCUGCUUCAGUCUUGUUAUGGAACAUGUUCAGAUAGUCGAAAUGUGAAAACAUAAUUAUAAAUAUAUGUUAAGAUUCUUGUACUUCACACUUUUGCAUGUAAAUAAAAGUUUAAAUUGUAAAAAAAAAUUAACUCAUUGAGUAAUAUGGAAGUGAUGACAAAACAUUACUAAAGGACAUAAUUAGGAAAACGAUACGACCAGCGUGAAUAUAUAUUUUUUUUUUCAAAAAUAAAAUAAAUUCGAUUGUGUGUUAAUUAUUAUUAUAAUUAUGAUUAUUUUUUUUAUCUUUUGAAAUUUUUAGAUUAGA